CGGACGGGUAACCGACCUAACGUCUCUUCCUCUUCUUCUUCCUGACAGCCGCGCACAGAAUCCAGGAAGUUCUUGGUGUCUGAAAACGCUCUCGGUGCCCGAAUUUAUUUCUGCCGUCCGAAUUCACUUCCGUUUUGUAGCUUUAUCUACUUGGUAGAUUUAAAUAAUAAUAAUAAUAAAAAACAGACGCUGGAAAGAGGAGAGAAAGCAUAACAAACAGACACAAAAAUGCGUGAAAUCGUACACAUUCAAGCUGGCCAGUGCGGCAAUCAAAUUGGCACAAAGUUCUGGGAAGUGAUAAGCGACGAACACGGUCUAGACAAACAAGGGUUGUACCACGGAACGCACGAGAUCCAGCUGGAGAGAAUCAGCGUCUAUUACAAUGAAGCAACAGGUAUGCGAUUUGUCCCGAGAGCCGUCAUGGUGGACCUGGAGCCAGGGACGAUGGACGCCAUUAGAAUGGGACAAUUUGGGGAUCUCUACAAGCCAGAUAAUUUCCUAUUUGGUCAGAGCGGGGCCGGGAACAAUUGGGCCAAGGGCCACUACACAGAAGGGGCAGAACUCGUCGACUCCGUCAUCGAAGUAGUCAGGUCAGAGGCCGAAAACUGCGACAGCCUACAAGGUUUCCAGAUUGUGCACUCGCUAGGUGGGGGCACUGGCUCGGGCAUGGGCACCUUACUCAUCUCCAAAAUACGGGAGGAGUACCCGGAUAGAAUCAUGAACACCUUCUCCGUCGUCCCCAGUCCUAAGGUUUCGGACACAGUCGUGGAGCCCUACAACGCCACUCUCUCGUUCCACCAGCUGGUUGAAAACACGGACGAAACUUACUGCAUCGACAACGAAGCCCUCUACGACAUCUGCUUCAGGACGCUCAAGAUCAACACCCCGACCUACGGCGACCUGAACCACCUGGUGUCCCUCACCAUGUCUGGACUGACGACCUGUCUCAGGUUCCCGGGUCAGCUGAACGCUGACCUGAGGAAGCUGGCUGUCAACAUGGUUCCUUUCCCGCGUCUUCACUUCUUCAUCCCUGGGUUCGCGCCACUCGUGUCUCGAGGAAUGCAGAACUACAAGGCCAGCACCGUCGCUGAGCUCACCUACCAGCUCUUCGACGCCAAGAACAUGAUGGCGGCUUGCGACCCACGCCACGGCAAGUACCUGACGGUGGCCACCGUCUACAGAGGGAGGAUGUCCAUGAAGGAGGUGGACGACCAGAUGCUCAACGUCCGAAGUAAGAACUCCGCCUACUUCGUCGAGUGGAUUCCAAACAACUGCAAGACGGCUGUGUGCGACAUUCCACCCAGAGGAAUGAAGAUGGCGGGAACUUUUAUUGGGAAUUCCACUGCUAUUCAAGACCUGUUCAAGCGCAUCUCCACGCAGUUCACCGCUAUGUUCCGGCGAAAGGCUUUCCUCCACUGGUACACGGGCGAGGGGAUGGACGAGAUGGAGUUCACCGAAGCAGAGUCCAACUUGAACGACCUGGUGGCCGAGUACCAGGAAUACCAGGAGGCCAAGGCCGAGGACGAUUACGGCCAUGAGGAACACGAAGCGGAGCACGAAGCACCGGAGGCGGAAGAGGAGGAGGAGGAGGAGGAGGAGGAAGAAGAAGAGGAGGAGGAAGAGGAGGAGGAGGAAGAGGAGGAAGAAUAAGAAAACAAAUUAAACAGAACAGAAUAGGAACAAUGUAUGAUAAUGAAUAUUAGAAAUCGAGACAAAAUAAAGAAUAUAAUAGAGAAAAACUAAAGAGCAUAAACACAUAGUAUGAACAACAGAACAAGAGGUAAAGUAACAGAAAAGACUCACAAAUAUUUUAUUAAAUAACAGAAUAUUUCUCCGCCUUUUAAUUUGAAAUGAUUAGGCCAACUGACAAACCAAUAACAAAAAGAAAGCAACACCAAAUCCUUAGAAUAAUUGCACAGUGAAGGUCAUAAAAGUCUUUUUUUACAAAGAAAGGGAAACCUACGUAACGCCGAGUAACAAUGCGAUAAUAAACGUGACCACAAAAUUUUACAAAGGUAAAUAUAAAAGGUAAUCUGCGAUGAAUCAUCCAUAACAUCUACGAAUCUGGCACUGGUAAUCAGCACUAAAACGAACAGCGAAUGAAUAAAAAAAAGUGAUGAAACGCAGACAGAAGCAAGGAAGCAGCAAUAAGUCAGAUUAAAGAGUCAUUAAGGGAGAAACAAGUUAUCAGGAAAACCGUUCACUUUCUAGCAUCCGGCCUAACCGCCACUCACUGAUCUUCCAGAUUCCACCCGUCCAUUUCCACGACAGACCCAAAUAUCAAAGGCAGAAACUUAUUAAAAUAGAUCUGACAAACUACUGAGGCUAGAGCAGUGGUUCUCAACCUGGGGGGCGCGCCCCCCUAGUGGGUCGUCAGCAAUUUCCAGGGGAGACGCGAGCCCUGGGGAAAAAUUAAUAAAAAAAAUUCUCUAAUUAUAUUCGUUAUUCUCUUAGCGAGUGAGGAACGCAUAUUCAGGAGUUUGUGAAAAAAUGCAACAGUAUCGUCUUAUAACGUUACUUUCCUAGAGUCUACUACUCUAGUUAGGCACGUUGGGCUGACAAUGUUUUGUAAUUAUUGACCUCCCUCCCUAUCCCUCGAAACCCCUUCUUUUACUCUUUUUUUUCAAGUCUGGGAGGGAAUUUUACUCACAUAUACAAGGGGGGCGUGGCAGAAAGGACCGACUCUUAUAGGGGGCGUGGCAGAAAGGACCGACUCUUAGAGGGGGCGUGGCAGAAAGGACCGACUCUUAGAGGGGGCGUGGCAGAAUGGACCGACUCUUAGAGAGGGCGUGGCAGAAAGGACCGACUCGUAGAGGGGGCGUGGUCCUAUAUAGGUUGAGAACAACUGGCUGGAGAGACGCCUCCCCUAAAGGAUUGAAAUCAAUUACAAGCAAGACUUUUCAGACGCUUUUGACAAUCUUCAAUCUUUACCAAGACAUAUGACAAUCACCCCUCUUGAAUACCAUUUUCCCUGGAUAAAGGCGCUCACCUCACCCCCUCCACCCAAGCCGCACCCGUCCAGCCCUCCCCUUUAUCCAAACUAAAUAUAUAUAUUAAAAAAAACCUACAGGUUCUAUAACUUUACAUAAAUCCUGCUUUCGAACAAAUACUCUCCAAUGCCUCAUGAAUGUAAAGUCGACGCAGGUGCGCGCGCCAAUAGAUACUAUUCCCCAUAUAUCCAUUAAUAGUCGUUUCUAUUUCGAAAAUAUUUAUGAUGCUUAAUUACUAUUACACUCGUGAACGAAGCGCUUGUCGUAUAUAAAUUUCUUAUAAAAUAUACACACCCAAACUGAGUCAUUACAGACACUGUUAAAUGCUGGAGGUCUUUUUAUUUUCUAGGUUUUCAUAAUCAAUCUCACCUUCAGAUAUUCCAAAGUUCUGAUUAAAGAAUAUUAUAUUUAUUUAUAUACACACACACACACACACACACACGCAAAAGAUGUAAAUACAUAAACAACCUAAGUUUAAGUGAUAUAGACAAUAAUAGAAAAAACUAACUGGGUAAGAAUUAGAUGCCAUCAUGGAAGCACAAAGCCAAUUUCAAGGUCAAACGCUUUGAAAGUCUUUUUACAAAAGUGAACGUCUUCAAUGCCGCCACAGGAACCCCACGCACGCAGCACAAAACGUAAACCCACUUCAGGAAGUCUUGUAUCUGAAAUGUUGAAGAUGCCGAAACAAAAUCACACCUUCGAUGUAAUGGGGCACCGUAGAACUGCAAUCCGAGGUUGAAUGAAUAGUUGGGGCCAGUGGAUACCAGAGCCAGCAACUAGGUCCACUCCAGUUUGUCUAACUCCCUACAAAAAUGCUUUCUCUUCUAAUGAAACAAAAUGAAAUUAUGUGGCCUGUAGUCACUACGGGAAUACAGAUCUAAGCUCAGUACAGACCGAAUCAUCAUCAUCUCUCCUCAGUGACAGGGAAAAACCAUAUUGAAAAAACCUUCGAUUUCAGGAUAACGGCGACACUUCAGUACACAUUAAAAGGGAAACGAAAAAACUUGCGUGUGCAUGACACACUCUCUUCAGUUUUUGAAGAAUAACAACCUUCGAUAUUCAUCUCCUAUUUAUUCUUGUAUUCGACGUCAUCACGCAAAGGUACUGAUACGGAAUCAAAAUGUCUGUUUUCUUCCAUAAUUUUCCAUUGAAGAAGAACGUGCGGUUUAAAGGUAACAAACAACAUUUUAUGUCUUUUUUUUCUCAUCCAAUAAAAGUUGACAACUACAGAAA